UCGCUCUUCCCCAACAUUUCCCCCCCGUUACGAACUGCGAUAUCGUCUCCCUCGCACGCAACCCGGCACCGUUCCUGGAAUGCCGAACCGAAGCGGCGAGAUAAGUUUUCCGUAGCAGAGUAUCGUCCGAUUCGCCGGGCCGGUAUCGCCCCGAUCAAAGGGAGACCGGAUGGUGGACGGCGUCGGCGAGAGAUCGGUCUGCUGACUUCGUUCCGAUCCAUCUCGCGUCUUGGGCACAGAUUAAUACUAUCUUCCAGGAGCGAAGAAUCUGGUAUUCUGAAUUUUACAGUAGCAGAAUGCCUCGUCCCUUAGACAUAGGGUGGCAAUAUGGUACAAUGAUUGGGAAUCACAGGCAUCAUGUGCAAUGCAACUAUUGCCACAGGAUCAUGAUUGGAGGCAUUACACGUUUCAAGAAACACUUGGCAAACAAAAAGGGAGAAAUUAAGGGCUGUGAGGUUGCUCCUAAAGAAGUACGGGAAGUAAUUAGGAAACAUCUGGCUUCACUAAAGCCAAGGAGGCCAAACAAGAAAAGACGAAAGCCAGCAGAUGGAAAUUUUGUAGAUCCUCUUUCUGUUAAUUAUAACAUGGAACUGGAUGCAUCAGAUCCAGAUGCAAGACAGAAAAUGUUGACAUUUAAUGAAGCAGAAACACACUCUUCUAGGUCAGCAGACCAACAAUUUGAGGUUGGAACAAGGGAAUUUGUUGAUGUGUUUGCAUGUGUCCAGUACAAGGAUGAGCAGGAUUUUGAUCCUUCUAGAGCAACUGACCUUGGAUGGGCACAUGGUGUCAUGGUAAAUGGGGACCGACAAAAAAUACAGUGCAGAUACUGCCAUAAAAUAAUCUUAGGAGGUGGAAUUUCUCGCCUUAAACAACAUUUAGCUGGGGAAAGAGGCAAUAUAGCUCCAUGUGAACAAGUACCUGAUGAUGUAAAAGCACAAAUGCAACAGCAUCUGGGCUUUAAAGUUUUGGAAAGACUUAAAAAGCAGAAAGGUUUUGAGGUUGUAGAGUAUUCUGCUCAGCAAGGAAUAGAAGAAUAUGUUGGUGAUGUUCCUAACAUAAUAUCUCCAAGAGAUGGCUCUCGUAACAGAAGAGGAGAGGAUGCUUGUGAAACAAAUUUCUAUCAGAAGAAAGAAAAUUGUGACAUCAUAUAUUCCUCAGGCCUCAGCAAUACCUCAGUCUGCUUUACAGUUUACUUCACAAGAAAAUGUAGAUCAUGCUGAUAUCACAGUUGCAAAUUUUACGUAUGAAGCAGGUAUACCAUUAAGUGUGGCAAAUUCAUUCUAUUUUCAGAGGAUGGCUGAUGCAAUUGCUGCAGUAGGUCUAGGAUACAAAAUUCCCUCAUAUCAUUCUCUUAGAGGUAAAUUAUUAAAUAUAUGUGCCAAUGAAGUGCAAGAAAUUAAUAAAGAGCUUCGCAAGUCAUGGGAAGUGACUGGUUGUACGGUCAUGGUUGAUAGGUGGAUGGAUAAAUCUGGUCAGGCUAUGAUUAACUUUUUCAUAUAUUGUCCAAAAGGAACCAUGUUUCUGACGUCAGCAGAUGCAUCUGAGAUUGAAACCACCUUGGAAGGUCUUGUUGGUUUAUUUGAUAGUGUUGUUCAGGAUGUUGGCUCCAGCAACAUUGUGCAAUUCAUAACUGAUGGUUCAGCCUGCUAUAAAGCUGCAGGUAAGGUACUGGUGAACAAGCAUAAGACUUUCUUUUGGAGUGUUUGCGCAAACCAUUGCAUUGAACUAAUGUUUAAAGGAUUGAGUGAAAUGGAUGAAGUGAAUAAGGUAAUGGCAAGGGCAAAGAAAAUAAGUCAGCUAGUAUAUAACCAUGCCUGGGUCCUUGAUUUAUUGAAUGAUAUAACUGAAGGAAGAGAUAUAGUAUUACCCUCCAUGACUACAUUUAUAACAGACUAUUUGACUUUUCAGAAUAUGUUCAUGCUCAAAGAAUCUCUUCAAGAGAUAUUUACAUGUAACUUAUGGGAGCAGUCAGAGCUAUCUAAGCAAACACUGGGGAUAGACGUAAAGAACAUUGUGUCAUGAACCACCUCAUUACAGUUCUAAAUGUUGCAGAUGGUGGAGAAAGAGCUUCUAUGGGAUUUCUAUAUGAUGCUAUAGAGAAGGCAAAGAAAGAAAUAAUUUUGGCAUUUGAUAACCAUGAAUGUGAUUACUCUCCAUAUUUAGACAUUGUGAAUCAUGUACAAGAUGAGCUCCACAGCCCUCUGCAUGCUGCAGCUUAUUAUCUUAACCCUGCUAUAUAUUAUAACCCAGAAUUUUCUAUGAGUAAUGUUGUUCAAAAAGGUUUACUUGAUUGCAUCGAGACUUUAGAGCCUGAUGUAGCAGACCAAGAUAAUAUAACAAGGCAUAAAGCUUUUUAUGAAGAUGCUGUAGGAGAUUUUGGAAGACCAAUGGCAGUAAGGGGAAGAGAAACGUUAUGUCCAGCUACAUGGUGGUCGAUGUUUGGAUCAGAUCACCCAAAUCUCCAGCGAUUUGCUGUUAGGAUAUUGAGCCAAACAUGUAUUAUGACUACCUCCGAUAGGGCCUGCAAUGCCAAUGCAUAUCUCCAUUCAAGUAAGAACAGAUUGGAGCAAGAGAGGCUGAACGAUCUGAAAUUUGUCCGCUAUAAUUUGCAUUAUCAACAAAGGCAAUCAGUGGCAGCAGGAAUCAAGGCAAAUAAAAGAAGCAGAUAUGAUCCUGUAAGUGUGGACAAUCAUAACGCAGAAGAGUGGAUCGAAGAUCCCGGAUUAACCGAGGGAGAAGGAAUCAAUUUGUUAGAUGUCGCACAACUUGAUACUUCAGUUCCUACAGCCGAUAGCCUCUGCAAUAUGAGUGAUGAUAAUUUUGGCAAUAACCAUGAGAACAUAAACGGAAGUGACGACGGUGUCGACAGUGCAGAUUCAUUAAACUGUAUGCAGAAGCAAAUCAAGACAACACCAAGGGAAGCCACAGUUCAUAUUCUUCCUGCAGUAUCAUGUGGAUACAUUAUUAUGUAGCCUUGUUGUGCAACAUUGUACGACUAUUAGGUAG